AUGGCGGACGAAGAUUACAACGAAGUCGAUGAUUUGGGUUAUGAGGAUGAGCCAGUGGAGCCCGAGAUAGAAGAAGGAGUAGAGGAAGAUGUUGAAAUGAAGGAGAACGAGGAUAUCAAUGGCGAACCUCUUGAAACAGAAGACAAGGUCGAAGCAGAACCUGUGCAGCGUCCUCGUAAAACGUCAAAGUUUAUGACCAAGUAUGAACGUGCACGUAUCCUCGGCACUCGCGCUCUGCAAAUCAGCAUGAAUGCUCCUGUCAUGGUGGAGCUUGAAGGCGAGACUGAUCCUCUUGAGAUUGCUAUGAAGGAGCUUAGGCAAAGGAAGAUACCAUUCACGAUCAGACGCUAUCUACCUGAUGGGAGUUUUGAGGAGUGGGGUGUUGAUGAACUGAUCGUUGAAGACUCGUGGAAGCGUCAAGUCGGUGGUGAUUGA